GGCAGGUGGGCUAGGUGCCUUAUACUCGCGUCUGCCUGGUAAGCUAGACAUCUCUCCUGAUCAUUGGCAUCGGAUCACACAUGAGGACCUUGCAAACAUGCCCGACCUAGCAAUGUUUCUCAACUCCCUGGAGUUCUGCAAUGCAGUUGUACAGGUUGCGCACCCCCUUGUCAGUGAUCAACUAGUCCAGUUCUUCCAUGAUGGGUUCCUGGUUCCAGUUAUAGGACCAGCCCUUCACCAGCUGGACCGUGAAGCCAUAUUGCUUAGAUCCAACAAAACUCGACCAUUUUCACAUGCUGACAUCAUGCGGAAUACUUCAGAUUUGAAUCUGAAUGAGGAGAUUGUGUCUGCUACAGCAUACGUUGAGAUCUUCCUACGGUCCAUAUCCGAUCCUCGCCUCAUGAGGGCGUUUCUCAGGUAUCUGUGCCUUGGCUGGUAUGACAAUACAACCAUCAUGGAGUCUCUAAUCCGCAGGAUAGGAACUAACUCAAAGCUUUGUGUGGUGACAUUGUCUCUAUUCAACACUCUACUAGAUGUCAACUGUGAGGAUGUUAUGGUGGAACUGAUUCUCAAGUACCUGGUGCCAUGCACCCAUGUCAUGGCCAGCCAGCGAAGGGCCAUCAAGGAUCUUGAUUUCUAUGGCAAGUGGGCUGAAAAGUUCAUCUCUCUUAGUCCUGUAUGCUGCAAACAACUGAAGGACCCGACCAAAGACAAGGAAGGUCACCGGGAUAGCAAGACAGACCUGUCAUCUCGAAGCCGUAACAUGUCUGAUGUAGCGGACACUCAGAGUAAUGGAACACUGGAUGCUGUGAGGAUGACAUCAAAGGAACAUGUCAUGAUCACUGGUUCAAAUCAGAGCCUUAACAAUGCAACCAGCAUAGAUAGCAAUACCAUGCAACAGAACGGACAUGGUAGACAGACUCCAGAAGUCUCAGCUGCAAGCAAUAUAAGCAGGACAAGUGACAGUGACACGCUAUCGCAAGCAAGCAGACUUUCGUCUGAGGAAUCUGUGUGUGAUAUUGAAUCUAGCCAUAUAGAGUAUUUACUUGAUGCAAGGCACGCGAUUAUAGCAUGCAGUAAGUCCUGCAAACAAUGGUCAGCGUCUUACGACGGCCUGAACCCUGCACCAACGAUCCUUAGCCCUGAUGUGGAGACGCCAGGACCAGGUGAACGAUUUAGGUUUAAUAGCGUACCAAGUAUAGGUAACAGAUCACAGCAAACCACACCCCGUCACGAAUCUACACCCAUCCAUGAAUUAACCUCUGAUGUGAAUCAGAAUAAGAGAACGCUUGACUCGUCCAAUGAACAACCUCUAAGCCGGUCACAUGAUAGCGAUAAAUACAAUGCACUGGAAGGCACACUGUCUUCCACCAUUCAAGAAGUGCUACAGAUGUCUAUAGGAGAUGAAAGUGCAAAAAAGGAGGAGGUUGAUAAUGAUGUGUCACUCGCGGAUAUUUUCCAAGGUGAGAAUCUGAGUAUAGUUGAGCUGGUGGAUAGCAUGGAUAAAUUAAAAGCCAGUGAUGCAGAUGAAUCAAAUGAGAGUCAAGAGGAAUCAAGCCAAGGAGAUAGUGAUGAUAGAAGUAGUGGUGGUAAUGCAAAACAUUCCUUGUAUCGGAAAAUGGCUUUGGACCGUAGUGAUGUGAUGUCUGAAGAAAGCAGACUCUCCUCGACAUCUCAUAGCCGACAGGACUCCUUGUUUGAGUUUGAAGAGCCUGGUAUCUUCUGGCAGUUUGACUCUGAUCUUGAAGCAACACCGAACAGGAGGAUGUCUAGUACGGGUGGAGGUGGAUACUUCUUUGAUGAUCCGUUUGAGCAUCAUCAUUCAGGACAUGACAAUGGUGAUUUGAACGGUGCGGUACUCCAUAAUCAUAAUGGAUUUCUGGACAACGGGGAGUUCCCAACAUCUUUCCACACCAACGGAACUUCCAGUUUAGCAUCUCCACUUUCCUUUGAUGAAGAUAUUGAUGAAAACCACUUCACGUUAUCUGACCCUGACACACCUCAGAGUGGGGCUUCAUCAGGGAAAUCAAGUCCCCUUCAUGAUGGGGAAUCCCCUAGGAGGGCGGGACCUAAGACUAACUACAACCUACCCCGUCCCGCUGGACUUCAGUUAGCAUCAGUUGGUAGCCCAGGAGCAUUACCAGUUGGUAAAAUCACUGGAGCACCCACUAUAGGUCCUUUCAUGGUGACCAUCUUUGCCAAGUUGGAUUCUAUGAUGGAGAACUCACUCUAUGUGAAUCUGCUCCUUACUGGUAUUAUAUCCCGGUUAGCCUGUUACCCCCAGCCACUCCUUCGCUCCUUCCUACUUAAUACCAACAUGGUUUUCCAGCCUAGUGUGCGUUCUCUUACUCAGGUCCUGACAUCAGUGAGGAGCAGACUGGAUGCCUACGCUGCAAAGGUGGAUAAGUGGGACACCAACCUACAUAAAGCCAAGCAGUACCUGAUGACAAGGGAAUCCCCUGAACAAGAUGGUCUAACCAAAGAUAGGUCCUGGUCUGUUGUUGAGGAGAGGGAUAGGGUCACCCUCAAACCAAGGAGUGGUACUCUCACCACUAUCAAACAAGUUACUCGUCGAGGAUCUCUUACUGACAUAUUCCUGAAGCGCCGCAACCGCUCCAUCAAGAGCUCAGAAAAACAGAAACUCUCUGCCAUUCGUGAAUCAGGGCUUGUGAGUGGUGAGAGUGGAGCAAUGUCGCCGGAAACUUCAGCCCAGUAUGAGUCGUUGAAGUCACGCAAUGCUGUCUAUAGUGCUGUGGUGUUAGAUGAGUUUGUGAAGGAACUUGCCGCAUUAGCUCAGGAACAUGCCGUGUUAUCUGUUGAAGAACUGUAAAGAUAUUCGGGGGCUGUGAAUCAGCCUUGUCAGUUUCAUUUCUUAUUUUGUGGCCAGUUAGAUUUGAGAGAUUACAAGUAUAUUUUGAACGAGAUUCAAAUUCCCUAUGCCAGACAUGCAUGCCCGCACACUUUGCUUGGCAUGCAGUUUCAUAAAAGUUUGCGAUACUUUAUUGACAUAGCUUUGCACUGGCGUAGAAUCUCUUACUUAAUAGGUGCUUUUUAUAAUGCUUAUUUAUACAUGAAAAUAUUGUCCUCCAUUUAUAGAUGAUGCAUAUUGAUUUGCCAAACUGUUAUUUUAUUAUGCAUCACCUCCCAUUAUGUUCAUGGUUUCUUUCCUUCCUAUUUUUCUACCCCUUCACCUUUUCCCCUCUAUCUUUUCUUCUGCUGUGCAUGUAUCACCUGGCCCUUGGUCUUUUGAUGUGUUGCUCUUCCCCAAUUCCAUUUCCCCUUCCUUCCUAUGCUUUCUCUGUCUCAUUGCAUACCUAUAGCAUUGUUAGUUGUACAGUGUAUGCUUAUUGCUCUUGGCUUUCAUAUAAAAUGUAAAAUAUAAAGGGGAUUAAAUAUAGACCUUUUACAUUUCAAACGAAGAAAAAAAUUCUCAUCUUUUCUGCUAGAAACAGUAAAUGUUGAUAAAAUGUUCAAUUCUCAGGAAUAGUGAUAAUGGGAAGAUGUAUAUUUGUACGAAGACAGAAAAAAUGUUAUAAAUUAUGGAAGAAAAAACAUGAGUAUGAAGAGAUCUAUCUUUCUUUUUUAAUGAACUCAUUGCAUGAAUUUUAUUGAUUAUUAGUGGUUAUGUGUAAGGCUUGGUCUGUGCUGGGCCAUCAAAACCAUGCUAUCCCAGGUAGUUAUUAUCUUAGCAGAAUUACAUUUAUUAAGUUUGUGCAACAGACCGCAGGGUUGCAUUUUUCACAUCAAAACCAUUGAAUAAAGAUUAGGAUAAGAGAUCUGUCCAACUGUGUGCAGCUAGUGAAUACAUCAAGUUGUCAGUGGAAGUAAUAGUUCUGAGGUUUUUAAUUAGUUGGAGUUAGGUAUACUUUUAUUAAAUUGAGUUUAAAUGGGGAAAUUAACAAUGCACUCACUAUCAUGACUAAUAAAUGUUGUUAAUGAUAUCUUUGGUCACAAUUUUUAAUAUAUUGCUCCUGUACUUAACAACCACUUGUGCCCUUUCUGAUGUUAAUCAUAGAGCAAAUGUAAUGUAGUUUUUUUGUAUGAUAUAUAAUCCAUAUUCUUCAAACAUGCCUGAUAAUUUGGCUUUAACUGAUGCUGCAGAAACACUGAACUGUGUUUUGAGAAUAUAAAGGUUAUGCUAUAUACACUCUUGAGCACACCAUUUAAUGGGUUUCAUCAUGUAAUUAAUCAAUGAAUUUUAUGGAUAUUUACUGAUAUCACUGAAAUACAACAUUUUUAAUGAGAACUGUGAACAAUGUUAAACAAUAUACCCUUAAAGAAUUUAUCAUGCACUUAUGACUUUUGAAAAUGACACUUAUUUUGAAUUGUGACAGCUUACCAUACAACUAUUAAAGGGGAAGUUCACCCUGAAUAAAAGUGCAUUGUAAAAAUAGCAGAAAAAAUAAUAAAGAAUAAUGCCAAAGGUUGAAAAAAUCCAUCCAAGAAUAAAAAAGUUAUUAGAAUUCUAUUUUUUGAUUUAUGACAUCAUAUGCGAGCAGCUUUCCUCCAUAUCGUAUGGCAAAAAAUCAAUGAAAUGUCAUUUUCUCAGAAAAGUGACAAUGGUUUGUACAUGUACUGUACCUUUAGUAUACCAGUAGACAAAUGAUUUCAUGUCUGUUCCUAAAAAAAAAAAAAUAAGUCAUCAUGAACCAUUAGGAAAUUGAAAUUUAUGCUUGUUUCAUUACAUAACAUAUGGGGCAGCUGUUAGUUUAUAAUGUCACAAAUGCAAAAAUUAAAAUUCUAAUAACUUUCUUAAUCUUUGAUGGAUUUUCCUGAACCCUUUUACCAAUAUUUAUUAUUAUUUUUUUCUAAUAUUUUUAUCACAAACUUUUCUUCAGGGUGAACUUCCCCUUUAAUUAUGUUCUUAUGGAAGACCAGAAUUUAAUGCCUUUAGACUACUUCAUUGAUAAAAGGAUGUGGGAAUAUUGUACAUGUAAAAUUGAAUAAUGUGCUAAUAUCAAUCAAUGUGAUAUUGAACUUAUCAAUUACUUUAUACGCACUUUAGUGUCUCAUUGAUAGAUAUAAGGGAACCAAACCAUAUAAAUGAGAUUAACUGGAACAUUUACACUCUGAGAUAAACAUUGGCAAAUGGGUUUUAUGACUUUGAUGAUUUUAUGAACCACACUGAAAUACAUAAUUUUGUUGCAGUUUUUUUAAUGAGAAAUAGACCUAUGUGUUAUUUAACAUUGAAUAUUGAGCACUGUAAAAAAAAUAGCACUGAUGUUGAUUUGCACUUAUAGAUGGCUAAUUAUUUUUAAGCAGUUCAUAUUUCAAAAGAAUGAUGAUUAAAUUACACAUCAGAUAUACAGUCGAUAUUAAACCAGGGGGAAAACAAAAUUAUGGAUCAAUUCCAACACUGAUUAAUAUGCAUAAUGCAGUAACGAUGUACGAACGCCUACUUUCAUCCUAAAGUAAAUUAGCCUUUUGAUGAUAUAUAAGUGUGUAAGCUUCUGUUACAAAAUUCAAUGUCCUAUAUGAAGGUUUUAAACAUUUCUCUUGCACUCUUAUUUGUAAUGUAUGAUUUUGUUGAACCAAUGCUUGACUUUGAAUAUAUAUCUCAUUGAUGAAUUCCGAAAAUCAAAUAACGAUAUAACAGGGUAAAGAUAAGUGCCAGAAAUGAUUUUCUAAUUCAUGAUAAUAUAGAAGGACAAAGUAUGGAUUGCCUUUUAAAAACUUCGAUUGAAGUUUACAGAGGAAAAUUUGUUAUGUAUUCCAUGGUAGACCGUGGUAUACUCAAUACAGUGCAUUCAACAUGGUGUUUCUCUUUCUAAUGGAUUAAAAAAACCUUAUCUGAACACAAUAGUU